CGCACCCUGAAUUGAAUAUUCAAUGGGGACGGCUGAGUUUUCAUCGCAUCGCUCUGUGCUGCAUUGCAUUGCGUUUUCUGAGAUGGAAAAGAAAACCGUUCAACAAACCAAAAGUCCAACCCCUGAAGCUUAUUUCGCUGAUUAUAAAUUAUUGCUCUCUUCUCCCUUCAACCUCUCAAGAUAACACGGUUUCAAUUAUAAGAGCCGUUUCCUUUUCCCAAAAAAACAUACCACUAAAUGGAAGGCGAAACCAUUGAAUUACUGAGUGCAGUCGAGGAUCAACAUGGAGGAGUUCUUCUAAACGUGGAAGGGCCUCUUGAUCCUAUGCUCUUUCCUUCUAUUUUGGAAGCUAAAAUUUCAAAUUUGAGGCAACAGGGAAAGAAGGGAGUGUGGAUCAAGUUGCCCAUUCAACAUUCAAAUCUUGUUGAUUCUGCGGUGAAGGCUGGAUUUAGGUACCACCACGCUGAACCAGAUUACUUGAUGCUUGUAUAUUGGAUUCCUGAUACUCCUGAUAGCCUUCCCGCAAAUGCUUCACAUCGCGUCGGUGUUGGUGCUUUUGUCAUCAACAACAAGAGGGAGGUGCUUGUGGUUCAGGAAACCGGUGGCAAGUUCAGGGGCACAGGUGUAUGGAAGAUGCCUACAGGAGCUGUUAAUGAAGGUGAGGAUAUUUGUAAUGCUGCAAUUAGAGAAGUCAAAGAAGAGACGGGGAUAGAGACGAAGUUUGUUGAAGUUUUGGCAUUCAGGCAAAGCCAUAAGUCUUUCUUCGAGAAAUCAGAUUUGUUCUUUGUUUGCAUGUUGCAACCUCAAUCCUUUGACAUUCAGAGUCAAGCUUCAGAAAUUGUGGCAGCUCAGUGGAUGCCAGUUGAAGAUUAUGCAGCCCAGCCUUUUGUGCAAGAAAAUGAGCUCUUUGACUUUAUUACGAAAAUAUGCUUAUCAAAGUUGGAUGGCAACUACACUGGCUUUUCUACCGUACUUACUCAUACAUCUUCUGGCAAAAAAACAUAUCUGUACUUUAACAACCGGGAUGCUAGCCCCUUGUUAGCUUCCAAACAUGAGCAAGCUUGACAUAUACUUGUUAGCCCCUUGUCAGACCCUUGUAAGCUUGACAUAUACUUAUUGAGCUUUAAUUUAAAGGGAAUGAUGUCAUAGAAUACUAAGAAAUUUUAAGGAAACUCCUAAUAAAUCCCACCUAUGUUAGAAGAAAAAAUAAAUGUUCAGACCAAGUAGGCAGGAGAACAAAAUAAAUAAAUGCAAUUAGGAAUAUCCCAAUCAACUAGGAUAUUCCUACUUGUUUGAGAAUAGGGAGAGGGAGGGAAG